GCUAUGUCACCGCUAGCAGCCGAGGCAGGAUGAUGGAGCAGCGAUUUGGAUGCGGACAGGGAGCACUGCACAGGGAAAUGUUGUGAGGACAGCAUAUAGCAGGGAUACUAGUCAGGACUGGAGUAAGAGUGAUGAGAGGCUCCUGCAGGCUGUGGAGCAGAACGAGCCCGACAAAGUCUCGGCUCUCAUCGUCAAAAAAGGCCUCUGUCCCACAAAGCUGGACGCCGAGGGCAAGUCAGCGUUCCACCUCUCUGCAUCGCGCGGCCGGCUGGACUGUCUGGAGGUCAUCAUCUCUCACGGAGCAGACGUCAACAUCACGGAUGGCACUGGCUUCAGUGCCCUUCACCUUGCCGCCAAAAACGGCCAAUCUGAGUGUUUGAAGAGACUCCUACAGGAGAGAUUAUCAGUAGAUUGCACGGACAGCAUUGGCAGGACUCCGCUUCAUCAUGCAGCGCUCAGUGGCUGCUUGUCUUGCUCUGAGACCCUGUGGGAUUUUAAAGCCAGUCUGGAUGUUCAGGAUGGGGAGGGGGAAACACCCCUGAUCUUAGCAGCUCAGAUGAGCAGAGUGGAGCUGUGUGUCUUCCUGUUGGGUCGAAGUGCCAAUGCCAACAUUCAGGACAACGAGGGAAGGUCUGCCUUGAUGCUGGCGUGUGAGAGUGACAGCAUAGAGACAGUAGAAGCUCUGCUGAGAAGAGGUGCCAACACCCAGCUGGUUGACGCCCUUGGACACAAUGCCAUCGACUACAGCAUAGCUACGGGCAACCAGCGCAUCAUAGAGAUGUUGCAGAACGGAGUACCUCCAGCUCCUGAGGGCGAGGAGAUCAAGGGCAUGCCACCCUGUCCACAUCCCAGGAGUCCUGCUCCUCCUGCCCAUACCCCUGAGUCCCAGUCCCUCUCACCCUCUCCCCAGCCUCCAGAGGCACAAUCAGCCCAGGCAGAGGAUGAGGAGGUGUUUGAGGAAAUUCGACGGCUGCGUCAGGAGCGAGGCCGUCUGCUCCAGAAGAUCAAAACUCUGGAGCAGCAACAUCAGAGCGCCCUCUCUGCCCUGGAGGAGUUGUCUGAGGUUAAGCUGCGUCUAGAGGAGGCAGAGGCAGAAAGAGACAGGCUGCUUGAAGAGCUGAAGGGAGGCCAUGGUAUCGGGGCCAGUGACUCUGAGGACAUGGAUGAGAUGUUUGACUUCCCAGAGAAGCUGCUCUCCAAGCGCUCCAGAGCCUCCCCUGCUCAGGAUGAGGCCUCCUCUCAAGGAGACGGAGACUCAGCCGACCCCUCCCCUGUCCCUAGAGACACAGGAAGUGUUGCCGAGCUGCACAAACAAAUAGAGGAACUUACCUCACAGAACUCUGAACUCACUCUCAAAGUGCAGAUGCUGGAGAUGUUCGAGAAGGAUGACACGGACAUGCAGACCUCCAGCACGGAUUUUGUCCCCAUAGUUCAGUAUGAAACCCUGAGGAAGGAGUUUGAAGCUCUGCAGGAGCGCCUGUCUGCGGCACAGGCUUCAGACGAGGCGUCCAGCGUGGCAGAAGAGCGUGGUGAUGAGGAGUCUCAGGAAGGAGGUGCAGAGUGUUUGGAGGCUCUGAAGAAGAAGAUGCGGGCGCUGAAGGAGCAGUUGGUCUCCUCUCAGUCUGAGCUGGAGGAUCUGAAGGAGCAGAUGCGUCUCGGAGUGCUUUCUGUGGAGUGUGGGGAGAGCACCGCAACAGGUGGAGGCGAGUCUGGAGCUGCAGAGGAGGGUUUGAGAGAGGAGGCACAGCAGCUGAGGGACCGGGUGACGGAUCUGGAGGAGGAGCUAGCCAAGAGAGAGGGCCAAGCAGGCGGUCAGAGCAGCCGGGACAGUGACAAAAUCAAACAGCUGACGGAGAAAGUAGAGGAGCUCCGUGCUGCUUUAUCCAAGAGAAAAACAGGGGAGAAAGACGCCAUAGGAGAAGAGACAGAGACAGUGAAGGGCCUCCGGGACAAAGUCGCAGAGUUGGAGGAAGCCCUGGCAGAGAGCAGGACGACAGGGAAAGAAGAAGGAGCAGGAGGAGAUGGAAAUCAGGUCCGGCGUCUCCAGGAGCGUUUAGGGGAGCUGGAGGGGGAUCUGAGGAAGAGUGUUCCCCGCUCGGAGAUGGAGGAGGUGCAGGUGACUCUGGGGCUGCAGUGUGAGCAGCUGGCCAGGGAGAGGGCGGAGGUCGCUCGGAGGCUCAACGACGCUCUCCUGGAUCUGGAGAGAUUUAGGCCUCCUCCACGCGGAGAUGAGGAGGAGGAAGAAGAAGAGGAGGAGCGUUCAGAGAGCUCAGAGCGCUCAGAGUUCUCCCGGCGCUCCAUCACAGCGGUGAGGGAGGAGCUGGAGGUGGCGCGGCAGGAAGCAGCGCAGGCUCUGGACUGUCUGUGUGCGGAGAGGGAGGGCCGGGCUCAGGACGCCCUGCAGGUGAAGGACGCGGUGCCUCUGUCCAAACACAAGGAGACGCUGUCUGCAGUAUCGGAGCAGCUGGCUCAGACGCUGCAGGAGCUGCAGGAGGAGAAGAGCCUUCGCAGUCAGGCUGAGGAGCAGGCCGCCACACUCGAGGCCAAACUGCAGGACCUGCAGGAUGCUGUACCCAAAGAGGAGCAUGAGAAAGUCAAGACAGAUCUGCAGCAGUCCCUACAGGCCAGUCAGAGCAGUGCAGCAGCAGCUCAGGAGGCUCUGCAUGAGAAGGACAUGGAGCUGAGAGAGAUGAAGUCCCAGAAGGCUGCAGAACAGGGUCUGAUCUCCAAGGAGGACCAUGAGGCCCUGCGGCUCGCCUUGCAGGCUGAGAUCAACGCCGCCACUGCCCGCUUCAACGACCUCACCCGCAAACAUGAGAAGACCUGCACUGAGGUGUUCCAGGUACAGAGAGAGGCUCUCUUCAAUAAGAGUGAGCGUCAGGCAGCAGAGUCGCAGCUGGCCACGGUGCAGCAGCAGCUGGCCGAGUUACAGGGGCGGUCCAGCCACAUCCAGGAGCUCCACAAGGGCAUCCAGGACUCCCAGGGCCUGAUCAAGGAGAAGGACCGCAAGAUCACAGAUCUGUCCAAAGACGUGUUUCGGCUGAAAGAGGCCCUGGGAGCUCUGUCACCUCCUCUGGGCAUCACCUCCUCCUCCUUAUCUUCAUCAGCUGCCCACCAAAAUAACCCCGGGACGCAGAUGGCACUGCAGAACAGGAUCUCCAUACUCACCCAGCAGCUCCAGGAUUGGGAGAGAAAGCACAAACAGGUGGUGACUGUGUACCGUUCACAUUUACUGGCAGCUGUGCAGGGUCGAAUGGAUGAAGAGGUGCAGGGUCUGCUACUCCAAAUCCUGAGGAUGUCCCAUCAGUGAAGCUUAUAACUUAGUCUGCAAGUCUCCCUCUUCCUCCAGUCCUUUUCACAGGUCAGCAUGAAGCAGCUCCAGCUCAGCAACCUGCGGGACCAAGCCAAAUACAACCGACCUGUGUUCAGACAUCGCAUGAGUACAUUACAGUAACCUAAACAACAGCAGCAAGGCUUUACUGAUAAGCAAAAGUAAAAAAAACAAUCUAAAACAAAAGAGUGCCUUCAUGGCUGGAUGAGUUCAAAGACAGCAGCCGAUACGUCAGGGUUUAUGGUAGCAGAAUGUGAAUAGUGAGUGGUUAUUUAGGAGCUAGAAUCAGGUGCAUUGAUUGUGUG